UUAGUCAAUAGAAUGCAUAUCUAUAAUUUAACAACAACAAGAAAAUCGUUAUAACCAAUGAUGGAUAGUGGUUAGCAGUGGAAUCCAGGACGCCCGUUUCGUCCUGUUUGGGACUUGUCGGCUGAAUGUACCUGCAUCUCAGAGUUGAUGUUCACUCUGGGACUCACUCAAUAACGUUCGCUUCAAACGAGACUGAUCAGUUUCAGUCAUAUCAGGACUCAGUAGCUAAAAGGAUAACGCGAUGGUGUUUGAAGCGAACGGUACUGAGUUCGAGUCCCAGAGUGGACAUCAACUCUGAGAUGCAGGUACAUCCAGUUGACGAGUCUCAAAUAAGAUGAAGUGCGUCUCCUGGAUUCUACUGCUAGUUGCUAUCCAUCUUUGCUUAUAACGCUUCUAAAUUGAGACAAUAUCGAGGCAUAUGCACAGUAUGCACAUAUGCCAAUAAGAGACUGAUCAAUUUCAGUCCUAAAACAUCAAUGGGAAGAUUCAAGUAAAACAAUACCAAGUGAACUAAUCAUUAUAACUAUUCUAAUCAUUAUAUGAUAGAUAAGUCUUGGUGUAUCAUAAACGUAUCAUAGAGAAUUAUUUUAAGCUAUAAAUAAAUACAAUAACAGUAAGUCAAGUAAACUAGAAUUUAUCUACUAAAAUAUUUGAAUAGGGGUUUAUGGAGAUUAUAGUAAUUUUUUUGAUAGUUGAAUUCAUGAGUCGAUUCAAACUAGACCACCAUUGAAAACCUGGAAGCACUGGAUGGUUCGUCUCGUCCUAGUAUCAUAUAUUCGGUCAUAUCAAAGAGUCGUCAGUUAAACAAUGUACUAUGUUACAACACAUUUCCCUUUUGUUUUCAUUCUUAACUUGUCACAACAUGAAUAUGUAUCUAUACAUAAGAAAAUAUCCCAUUAGUGAUUAUCUAUCAUCCAUCUUGAAUCGGUAACAUUUAUGCACAUUAUAUGAUAUAUUUGAACUUUUUAUUCAAAAGACUAAAAUGUCACUCCGCUCCCUUAAAACCCUUAUUUAAUCAAAAAUUUAAUAGACAAUUCUAUUAACACUGUACAUUUUACUCUUAUCUGUUCAUUACUGAUCAUUGUGUUUUAAUCUUUAUAUUAAUCACUUAAUUUGUCUUAUUGUACUAGAUACAAUGAAAUUUUUCAGGAAAGAAAGGGUUUAUCUUUAGUCUGAAAAAUAAACCAUAAGUAAUAACAAGUCAUUUGAGCUUUUAUUUUAUACUAGAAAUCAAAGAACUUUUCAAAUAUACUAUACAAAAUAGUGAUGUGGAUGAUUAUGUGGAACGUUUAACUAUAGUGAAACUACCUAACAUUAUGCUAUCUAUUCCUACUAUUAGCAACAAUGACGCCAAUUAGUGAUGAACACGAAACUGUUGUAGAAUGUCAAGAUAUACUAUUAGUGAAUAAAUUGUUGGAAGUAUAUUUUAUGGGAAAGGUUUCAGAUUUCAAAAAUAUUCAAAAUGACGUAUUCAUAUCAUAUUCUUAGUACAUUUUAUGUUUUUCAUACACUACUUACUAAUAACAAUGAUAUGCUUAUGUGACUAAUAAAUGUUACCAUUUCUUUAUUCUUGUACUAUAUAGAUGAUGAUGCAUUUUUUUCCUUAUUCCUUGUGUAUCGAAUGAAUUACAAUUUUGUGUAGCAAAUCAUCGGUGAAUAGAGUUUAUAAGUCAUGUCACUUCAAAUAGUGUAUUUGUAUUUACAUUAAAUAUUGUUUCUCAUUAUGCAUAAACCAGAUCAUAUCUGUAAAUUGGUAUCAUCAUUUGUAUAUAUAUGUACUUCAAAAUGUUGAUACUUUACAAAGGGCUACAUUGAUCAGGAUCUGUUGCGAUAUACGUUUCAUGAAUGAAUUCGAUAUAUUUUUCAUAAAUAAUCAUAGGAUUAAAGUAUAUAUUCAAGUAACCUGUAUACUAGCAAAAUCUUGUCAGUUAAUUACUUAAUAUCACAAAUGUCAAAACUGACAUGAUUACAAUUAAUGAAAUACAAUAGUUGCUGAACAAAUGGUGUUCAUCGUAGUCAAGUAACCUACUGAUUAAUGGUUUGGUAUUUGAAGCCAUGAGUAGACGAUGUGAGCUUCAGUGGGAACACCAACACCAAAGUUGAGUUAAAUCUAGAUGACAAGUAUUUAACUAAAUGAAACCCAGGUCUCAGAUUUCACUGCUUGACACAAAUGUUAAAUAUAAUUUGACCUGCUCAUUUUGAAUGAGCACAUUCGCUACAUACUAUCAUGGAAAUUUUGAACUACAAAUCAUCAAUUAAAUAAAAGAGACACUGGCGAUUAAAUAUGUGUUUGAAUAACAAAUGCAAACCACGAACAUUUUCGAUUUACAGAUUCUAACGUUUUGAAAAAGUCACUAAAGCUGCAGUUCAGUGAAGGUUUCUGAAUAACAGGGAUAUGUUCAGAGUUUUAAAAAGUAAAACAUUUUUUGAACUAAGAGUCAAUUGAACCAUAUACAAUAUUUGUAGUUCAAUUUGAGAAGCUUACAAUUAUAUAAAACAUGAUCUCUACAGUGUAUCGUGAUUUGAUCAAAUUGACACACAGCAAACUUGCAUCUUAGUAACAGAUCAUAGUAUAUACUACUAAUACGAGCAAUUUGUUUAGAGAUUUGUUAAUCCUAAUCACUUGUAGUGCAUUAUCAAGUCUAAACAAUAAACAAAUCUUUCAUUUGGGUGUAUAUGGUUAUUACAUUUCAUUAGUCAGUCAGUAAUAACGUAGAACUUCGUACGUAAGUACAUCAGUUCGAGUCGCCAUAACACAUUAGAACAGAGAUGCAGUGGUCGAUGCAAAUCCCAUAGUGGUAGAGGUGGUAAGAGUAUAAGCAGUAAUCGGAAACAUUAGGGCUUGAAGAUGUUAUUCAAGGAGUAUAAUCCAGUGAAAUAAAUUUGGAAAGGGAAAAAAAGAAAGGGAUAUGAAGAAUUCAGAAGAUUAGGAUUUGGGAAAACACAAAGAGUGGAUGCAUCUGCGCCAUUGCAAACGGUUUUGAGCCAUGUCAUUCAGGGUCUCCAAUCAUCGGUUGCUAUCAUCUUGCGGUCCCCAACCAGGUAGUCUACGCCUACCAAUAUGACUCAGUCCGCUUGUCAGUGACUUCAUGGAUUUGUGCCAUGUUUUGGUCUGGCCGCCCCUAGCUUUCUUCCAACCUACUUCUAUACCACUGAACAUCGCACAACGAGGCAGUCGGUGGUUGGGCAUGCGUAACACAUGUCCUAGCCAUUUCAAAUGCUGAAGUUUCACUACUUCAUCAAUUGAUUUGUCAUCCUUACCUGGUACCCGUUUCCUAAUAACUGAAUUACUUACUCGGUGUUCCCAGGAUAUACGAGCAAUAUUUCGAAGACGCCUAUGAUCGAAUACUAGUAAUCUACGAAAAUCCUCUACUCCUACGGGCCAUGUUUCAUUUCAUUAACUAACGUUUAGCUGACAUCUAGACUUUCAUCCUUUGUUAUUCUCUCACUUACAUGUUGUAACACUUUAACUGGAUAUUUUUCAUCCAUUCAGCACAUCUUUUCAGUGCUAAGAUCUCGCUAGCCUUAAAUCUUUUUAGAAGAGCUAACAAGAUCAUCACAUCAGAGGAAGACAAACAAAAAAAGCAAAUGAAUGUAAUCAGCAUCUUACAAUUUAAUAAUUUUCCUAUGAAGAUUAUUAGAAGCAUAUUAAAACAAAACAGUUUAUUACGUUAUAAUAAUGAUUCGAAUGAAAUGCCAUGGAUUGGUACUGCAGUUCUACCAUACCGUCAUGGCACAACAGAAGAAAUCCAAAGAAUCUUAAAACAUCACAGAAUUAAAGUAUAUUACAAAACAACGAACACACUACGUAGUACUUUAGUUCGCCUAAAAGAUAAAAUCCCUUUCAUGUCCACACAGAACUGCGUCUACAAAUUAAGUUGUAUCGAUUGUGAUGCCUAUUAUAUUGGAGAGUCAUCCCGCGAAAUCUUGACUAGAGCAAAAGAACAUAUUAGGUACACAAAGAAACCUCCUAACAAUCUUGUAGAAUUGAACCAACUUCAAAUUAAAUCGGCAAUAGCAGUUCAUGCCAUUUUCAACAACCACCAAAUCGAUUUUAAAAAUAUCGAAAUAUUGCAAAAAGGCUUUUCCAACUACACAGAAAGGAGGGUAGCUGAGGCGUUCCAUAUAAUGCUUAAUCCUACUUCUCUCAACAGAAAGGAAGGCCUUACCAUACAUCCUACUUGGACCAUCUAUCCUUGCCAUUCAGUCUGAUCGUUUUCACAAUUUCACACUAUCAUAUUACAAAUUUAAACUCCAUCCUUUCUUACCAUAAAGGUCACACAAGUUUUCAUUCUUAAACAAUGCACACAUACAUACAUACACAAAUUUGCAUACAUAUCACUUAUGAAUCACCUUGACAGAAAUAACAUGACAUCAACUUGUUCAGACCUGUUUUUGAUUGAUCAAAUACUAUUCUUGCUUUGUUCCGUUGUACUAUUUAAACUUGGAUUAAUUGUAAUUUGGUUAUUUAUUCUCUGAAGAAGUGACUUACACCAAGUCACGAAACGUCAGAAAAUCUAAUUUUCUACUCAUUAUGAUAUUACAAAUAUAUUAUUUUUAUUUAUAACAAUCAACCCAAUGCUCAAUUCGAAAUUAUCAAAUCAAACCUUGGUAAUGAUACUUACGAACUAAACUAUUGAUUCUAUUGUAAUCUUAAUUACUAAAAAAAUAUAUCAAUUCAAUCGACCAAUCGAAUUCGACCAGUACUGUGAAUAACUUGCUAUAUCUGACACUUCGAUAAGAAGGGUUCACUACUCACUGAUCAGUCAAUUGUAUAUACACCUCAGUUGUACAGGAUAUUAGUGGCGGCCCAGAUAACUCUGUAGUAACGCCUCUGAUUAUGAAGCUGGAUAACACGGGAUCGAAUCCGCCAGUGAUCAUUAGUUUCUUUAAGAUUACAGAUACAGAUUCCUAACGAGUACCAAAUAGCAUCAAACCAUAGUUAAUCAGGGUUUCUUGUUAGCUACCUGCAACCACUAUUUCAAAUCAAUUUUGUUGCAAUCAAACUUCAAUUUACGAUUCCAAAAAUUUAUGGAUUUUUUAAAGUUCUCAUUGAUUGAAAAGUGGUUCAUUAGGUUUUAUUAAAGUACCUAUUAGCAAUACCACUUAUAGUUACUGAAUUCAGAC